AUGUAUGCUGCUGAAACAGCACUCACCGUUCCUAUUUUAACUUCCCUACGUGUACCGGAAUCGUUUUAUUCUAUGGCUUGGCUAAUAAGUCCUAUUCUGGGAUUUUUUCUACAACCAAUCAUCGGCAUGUGGAGCGAUACAUGCAAGUGCCGAUGGGGAAGACGACGACCUUUCAUUCUAGCGUUUGCUAUCGGCGCUUAUAUUGGUGUAGCAUUGCUGCUCAAUAGCUCUGAUUUGGGCGUUCUCUUUGGAGAUCCUACAUCGCCCGGAACAGUCCCAUACAGGGCAAUUGCACUGACUGCCGUAGGUGUGACUUUACUCGACUUUUGUGCGGAUAGUGCUGAUGCUCCCAUACGCGCCUAUUUGAUUGAUACAACGAAUACAGCGGAUCAAGAACGAGGAUUCAAUAUUCACGCUAUUCUCGGUUUUGGUGGUGGUUUGGGUUUUAUUGUCGGAGCAAUCAAUUGGCCGUACAUUCCGAUGUUUUAUAAAGAGGGUGGUGAAUUUAGUAUCAUUUUUUAUGUUGCAAGCCUUUUAUUUAUCGUGUGUUCUAUAUCAACAUUAACAAGUGUUCGUGAAGAACCUCUUAUAUCUUCAUCUUCGCGUGACAAUGGUGAUACAGGUAAUUCGAAUGACGAUGAUCAAGCAGAAAUCGAAGUUGAUGAAAAGCGUCCAUUACUUUCUCUUCGGCGAAACAGCUCUCGAUCAUACAAUACAAAAGGCUUUGUGGAAAUUGAUCCUGCCACAGUUGUAGCUGCAUCAAUAGCCAAUGCUGAUCCAGCAAAUCCUGCACCCGUUCCAACACAAGCAUUCGAAGCUGAACUUAAACAGAAGGCAAAACUCGUCAAGCUAGGUCUAAUGCGUCGUCCAGCGGCGGAUGAAAACGAUGAUUACGAUGAAAAAGAUAAUGUUACUAUCAAGUCAAUGCUUAUCUCAAUGGUUCGAAUGCCGCCUCGAUUAUGGAAACUGAUGAUAUGUCAAGUUAUUGGUUGGAUUGGUUACUUUGCUACUCAUUUGUAUUAUACCGAUUUCAUAGCUACGACAGUAUAUAAUGGCACGUUCGAGCAUGGUGAUGAUGCUGGUUUAGAAAGAUAUAAAACUGGUGUUACAAUGGGCUGUUGGGGUCUAUUUUUAUACUCAGCCAGCAGUGCAAUUUAUGCCUUUUGCUUGGAGAGAUGGUUAUCAGAAAAGUUUUCUCUGAAAACACUGUAUUUCCUUGGUUAUUUGGUGUAUGCCGCUGGAUGUGUAGUGAACUUCUUUGUCCAUCAAAUUGCUGUGAAUAUUAUCAUGUGUAUAACCUUUGGAAUGUUAGUUGUGUCAUUGAAUACUCUUCCUUACCAUAUGUUAUCCCAAUUUCAUGCCGAUGAAACGUAUAAAAAUCGAGAUGGUUCUAAACGUGGGAUAGGCGUUGAUUGUUCUCUACUGAACAGCUGUUAUUUUCUCGGUGAACUGAUAGUAGCUGUGUCUCUGGGUCCACUACUAGAGCAAACAGGUGUAAAUUAUUGUAUGGUAAUUGGUGCUGGAUUUACAUUGUUUGGAAAUCUUUGUAUGUUUUUCCUGUUCUAUUUUAAAACAUGA